UAUUUAGUGAAGAACCAACCACCGAGUAGAUCACUUCCGUGCAAGUUGGUUGACAAGUAUAAAAGCAUGACCCAAACAAACAUACACUUAAACAUAGAUUCAGCUAACCUUAAUGGACAAUGACGAUGUAACUGAACUGCUUCAAGUGUAAUCAUGCAUUUGUCUCCCACAAUUAAAUACUAAACCAAGAUCAAAUCCAAGCAUUAAUGUCUGGAUUGAGUGCUGCCUUGUACAUGUCUCCAACAACAAGAAGAAAGUCAAUAUUAACAACCCCAACUCUUACUCCUCCUCAUUGGCCAAAUGGUCAUCACUCUGUCUUCUGGACAAAACAAAAACAAACAAAUAAAUUAUCCUGUGAAUUAACUAUGCUGCUAAUUGCUUCAGCUACCCUAUAAUGCAUGUAAUUAAUUAACAUUGCAAUUAAGCACAUAAGUUAAUCACCCACAUGUACAGGUGUUACUACAUUGCAAAGAUGAACAUGCAUUAAUUUGGGCAUAUGCACUUGAUAAUUUUUGAGCUAGAGCCUAGAGGGUUAGCAUGUUCUUGUCCGGGAUCUCGCCGGCGGUGCACCAUGACCUGCAGCCGGGCGGCCGUAGUCCGUACGACGGCGACGACGGCGACCGCACGCUGGUGGUGCUGCUCACCUUCGGCAUCUUCUUCUCCUUCGUCAUCCUCUACCUCGUCGCCGGCCUCAUCUGGGCCGUCGUCAUCACCGCCGCCGCCGUCGUGCUGUCCUUCCUCUACCUCAGGGUCCGGCGGCGGCGCGCCGCCGUGGGCGGCACGGCGGCGGCGGCGGCGCCCAACGACGUGGUCUUCAUCGUGGGGGCUCAUCAGGCUGCUCGGAGCACCGGCAGCAGCGGCGGCGGCGGUGAUGUCGCCGCCGCGGCCAUCGUGUCGGCGAUCCCGGCGUUCGAGUACAAGAGGGUGAACGGCGGCGGCGGCGAGGACGGCGGCGCGGCGGCCGGGUCGGGGUGGGCGCAGUGCGUGAUAUGCCUGGGGCUGGUGCAGGUCGGCGAGGUGGUGCGGCGGCUGCCGGCGUGCAAGCACAUGUUCCACGUGGAGUGCAUCGACGCGUGGCUGAGCUCGCACUCGACUUGCCCGAUCUGCCGCGCCGACGUCGUCGACGAGCUCGCCGCCGCCGCCGCCGGCGGCCGGUUAGAGCUGCCGGUUUGAUCGAUCAGCUCAGCUCAGCUGCUGGCUGAUGCUGCCAUUGGAGAUUAGCUAGCUGUUGCUUGUUGUGUCAGAUUAUCAUGUUAAUUUAGUUCGAGAUGAAGCUUGACAAGUUGACAUAAUGUACAGAAUGUUUACCUAUUGAUGAUAAUCUAAUGUGUAUAUAUAUUCAUGUAUAAUUUUACAUUACAUGAUA